AUGUUUUCACUCGUUUUUCUCGCAUCCGGUUUUGUAGGUGCCGGCGCAGCUGGCCUAUACAUCCCCGAGACCGUUAAUGGGUCUUUCUCCAUCCAUCAAGUCCGCAAUCUGCGAUAUAAACCUCAUGGUCCCACAGCCAUGGCCAAGACAUAUAUGAAAUACGGAGCACAGAUGCCCCGUGACCUUAUCAAGGCCAUGGCGGCCUAUCACUCCGAGAAGCUCCAGAAGCGGGAAUAUGGCAUUUCCACCACGACCCCGGAGUACGGGGACACCGCCUGGUUGACCCCAGUUCAGAUCGGGACGCCCGCCCAAACCCUCAAUCUCGACUUCGACUCGGGCUCGUCCGAUCUUUGGGUCUUCUCCUCGCUUCAGUCCUCCGAGAACAUCUAUGGCCAAACCCCGUUCAAUAUCGCCGACAGCAGCACGGCCGUGGAGGUCGCCGACUCCUCGUGGAAUGUCUCGUACGGUGAUGGCAGUUCGUCUUCGGGUAUCGUCUACUCAGACAUCGUCAAAGUCGGGCCCCUUUCCGUUGGUUCCCAGGGCGUCGAGGUCGCUACCCGGGUGUCGACUCAAUUCGCGUCAGACUCGGAGAACGACGGCCUUCUCGGGCUGGGAUUCAGCAAGAUCAACUCUGCUAGCCCAAGGCAGCUCACCUGGUUUGACAACGUCAAGUCGCAGCUGGAUAGCCCCGUGUGGACUGCCGAUCUAAAGGCAGACGCUCCUGGGUCCUACACCUUCGGGGCCAUCGACAACAACAAAUAUACCGGCAAUAUCGCCUACACCACCGUCAGUACGGCCGAGGGCUACUGGGCCUUUACCGCGUCAGGGUACAGGGUCGGCGCUUCUGGGACCAGGGGCCAGGCGAUAAAAGGCGUCGCCGACACCGGGUCCAGCCUCCUCUUGGUGCCGGAAGCCGUCGUUAAGGCUUACUACGCAAGGAUAUCCGGCGUCACCUAUGACGCCGACCAGGGCGGCCGCGUGUUCCCGUGCUCCGCUACUCUGCCCGAUUUUACUCUGUACAUAGGCACCGCCGAGAUCGUGAUCCCCGGCUCCUUUUUUAACUUCUCCCCAGUUGACGACGCCGAGAUCAGGUGCUUUGGCGGGAUCCAGGCUAAUACUGGGAUCGGGAUCUCCAUCUUUGGCGGUGUGGCCCUCAAGGCUGCCUUUGUCGUCUUUGAGGACGAGGGUGCCUCGCCUAGACUUGGCUGGGCUAAUAAGAACCUUGCAGUCCAGGAUUCCUAG